AUGGCAGAAACAGCAAAAGCACCAGCACCAGCAUCAUCUAAAGCCGGAGCCUUCCAAGACAAAGACAAGCCUACCGAGGUUCGUCUAAGCAAUAUCCUUGCUGCCAAAGCUGUUGGCGACGCUAUUCGCACAUCGCUUGGUCCUCGUGGCAUGGAUAAGAUGAUUCAAACAAGCAACGGUGAAGUUGUUAUUACCAAUGAUGGUGCUACUAUUCUCAAGCAUAUGGCCGUGCUUCAUCCUGCAGCAAAGAUGCUCGUUGAUUUGUCUGCAGCACAAGAUGUGGAAGCAGGUGAUGGUACUACUUCAGUUGUCGUCUUGUGCAGCUCAAUGCUUUCUGCUGCCGAGAAAAUGUUGAACAAAGGUAUUCACCCUACAACCAUUGCCGAAUCCUUCCAACGUGCUGCACAAAAGUCUGUGGAAUUCUUGGCCGAGAUGGCAACUGCUAUUGAUUUAUCCGAUCGUGAAUCGCUUCUUCGUGCUGCAUCUACUUCAUUGAAUUCCAAGAUUGUCUCCCAAUACUCAUCCUUGCUCGCUCCCAUUGCUGUUGAUGCUGUCACUCGUGUCAUUGAUCCUGCCAUUGCCGAUAACGUCAACAUUAAAGAUAUCCGUGUCGUCAAGAAGGUUGGCGGUACCAUCGAUGAUACAGAGUUGGUGGAUGGUCUUGUGCUUAAUCAAAACGUGGUCAAAAGCGCUGGUGGCCCCACUCGCAUGGAGAAGGCUAAAAUUGGUUUGAUCCAAUUCCAAUUGUCACCACCCAAGCCUGAUAUGGAUAACCAAAUCGUGGUCAAUGAUUACCGUCAAAUGGAUCGCAUCCUCAAAGAAGAACGUCAAUACCUCCUGAACAUGUGCAAAAAGAUCAAAAAGUCAGGCUGCAACGUUCUUCUCAUUCAAAAGUCAAUUCUUCGUGAUGCUGUCAGCGACCUUGCUCUCCACUUUUUGGCCAAGCUCAAGAUUAUGGUUGUCAAGGAUAUCGAACGUGAUGAAAUUGAGUUCAUUGCCAAGUCUCUUGGAUGCAAGCCUGUGGCUGAUGUUGAAUCAUUCACCGAUGAUAAGUUGGGUUAUGCCGAUUUGAUCGAAGAAUCCGAUUCUUCAGGCUCCAAGGUUGUCAAGAUCACUGGCAUGAAGCACGCCGGCAAGACCGUAUCAGUGUUGUGCCGUGGUGCAAACUCGCUUGUGUUGGAAGAAUCACAUCGCUCACUCCACGAUGCAUUGUGUGUUGUACGCUGCUUGGUGAAGAAGAGAGCAUUGAUUGCUGGUGGUGGUGCACCUGAAAUUCAAGUCUCCCAAAAGUUGAUGGAUUAUGCAAAGACUCUGAAGGGCAUGGAGCAAUAUUGUUUCCAAGCAUUUGCUGAAGCUCUUGAAGUUAUUCCAACCACCUUGGCAGAAAAUGCUGGUCUCAAUCCCAUCAAGAUCGUAACCGAGCUUAGAAAUCGACAUGCACGUGGUGAGAUUACUGCUGGUAUCAAUGUCAAGAAGGGUACCAUCACCAAUAUCCUCGAAGAAAAUGUCAUCCAGCCUCUCUUGGUGUCAACAAGUGCUAUGGAGCUUGCGGCUGAAACUGUCAAGAUGAUUCUUAAGAUUGAUGAUUUGGUUCAAAGCCGAUAA